AUGGAACAAUUCGACGACACACAGAGCACAGGGCCUUCAGAGUCUCUACAUACCAUACCAAUCUACAACCUGGACGCGUCUUCUUCCGAUAGUGACAGCGACGAAAAUGCUCCAGCGCCGACAGCAGCUCAGCAAGGAUCAAUCCUUUCUAACCGCCAACCAAUACAAAUGCCAAGUCGCUCCUUCACCUUGCCAGCCCCGCGCCUACAUGACCACAAUGGGUCUGAAAUAUCAGGAGCUGCGGAAUCAAUACAAACUCGUCCGAGUGUAGACGAAGAGUACCUUUUUGAGGAGGAAGAUAGCGAAGAGGAUUAUCGUCCGGCAGUUAGAAGACCACCAGCACAGACUGAAGAUAGUAAAGGGAUAAUUACUUCAGGUGUAUUGUCGACUAGUCCUACUCCAGGGUAUGGGACAAGAAGCAUGGGUGUUAGGCCCGAUGCAGCAACAGGAGGAUUGGCCGUACCUACAAUAAAAUCAAGUACAACGACUACAAACAUCGUAGAAGUACCUGAAUUAACAACGAGAAAAAUGGAUGGACAUGGGUUACGGCAACUGAAUUUACUGGGUUCUGCAGAUAAGAAUAUCACAAGUCGAGAAGUGACUAGUGUAUCAAAAAUGGAGAAGGGAAUUGGAGGCGGUAUUGGAGCAGUUCCACCAACGCAUCAAUCCGACGUCAAAAAAGAAGUUUCCAUACAAUAUCGUAACCCAGACGAUCCAUAUCAAUCGAAACGACGUUCGAAAGAGGAAUCCUAUCGUGACUCUUAUCGCGACUCUCAAUACCACGAUUCGGCAGACCUUUUACCUCUAACGCUCGUAAGCGGUACAUCAGCCGGCGGAAUGUCGUUUUCAUCCAACUAUGCCUACCUCAGCCCUCCCUUUGGUCGUACCAUUUCUAGAGCUCAAAUCAUGUCUCGUGUUGCCUGGUUCUCGCAGCUGUUUGCAUUCAACAUUAUCUAUGCAUGUUAUAGGAUUCUCUCCCGAGAGACAUCGGCGGAAGGUGAAGUGGUGGAAAGUAAAAACCCGGGAUUGAAAAUUUUCGGCUGGGUUAUUGCACCAGUAGUAUUUUUGCUCGUCUAUCUUGUCAUUGUUACUAUCUGGACGGCCAUCGAAUUGAGGAACAAGGGAUUUUAUUCAGCGUUUACUAUUUUUUAUUAUUCACCAUUGAUGGUGUUUUCUUUGUUUUUUGGAGAAAAGAAAAGAGUUGAUGUGUCGGAAUUUCACGAGGUUAACUAUGGGGCCAAGUGGUGGAGACUUGGAACUGCAAGAGUGCGGGAGGGGUUAGUGAUGACCGUGUAUUGUUUAUUUAUUAUCUCUUUAGUUCUGUCGGAUAUUAUUGGACGAGCGGUAAAUUCGCCUAAUGGGCAGGUGUCGUCGGUGUUUCGCGAUUUUGUACCAGUUGCUUUCAUGUUGGUUGUAUAUUUCCUCGGAUUCGUCGUUUCUAUUUGGGGUGUAGUCGAGGCUAUGGUUGGUCCGGGCGUCCAUGGAAGUGGGGAGGGUAGGAAGAGGUUGGUUGGGGUAUUACCUACUGCAUUUAAGAAAAAAGCUGGUUAA